UUGGACAAAGUUCCUCAAUAUGUUCCGUUCUCUUUCUCUGCUUGGUACUUAAAAACUAAAAUAGACACUCCAUCUUGCCUGUACCAGUUACGUUAAAACGUGCUGACGUCCCUUGUGUAGCAACCACCUUGGAGACGUUCGGGUACCGUUAUAGAGGUGUUCUUAGCUGCUGUUACCGUUAACCGAGGUAGCUUCCAGGGGGAUGGUAGGGUCGACUUUGCGGGACCAGUUGAUGGUAUAACAUGCCGUCGGCCACAGGCACGGGAAAAGAGCACUGGUGUGAGACCAAACGUAAUGGAGGGCAGUAGGAGGAAAGCAAGGGAAUCACCAGACAUGCUCCAUUGUGAAAUACCAGGGUCCUACAAGGGACACUUCAGUAUGAAAAGUAGCCCUUAUUCUACUGGCUUCUCUAGCGGUUUGGGUGAUGAGUUACUAGUACAGAAGCACAUGAUUAUCCACUACACCAAGAUCUUGUCAGCACAAGCUAGAGUUGACACCUCUCCUCCAAAGUGUAUGAAAUACAAGGCCUUAUACAAAGCUCAUCAAAAGCAAGAGAUGACAAGAGCAAGAACCAGGUCAGAUAAGGAAAUGUCUGAGUCACGAAAUAACUCCAGGAAUAGUGGGAGACCCACACCUCUGAAUCUGAAGGAUACAUUUUUCGCAGACAGUUAUGUAGAUGAGAAGCAUUUCACCAUAUCACAGAACAAGGGUAAGGUUUGUGGAAGACUUUCAUCUGCUUCAAUCCAGCAGUGCAACAACAGUAGAAAUAACAUCCAGAGCAACCAGCAUUCUUGUACAAGCCCACUUCAUAGCUCCACCACUCAGAGGAGGCCAUUUUCUCCCCAAGCUUAUAGCUAUGCAGCCAGCAAUAUAAAUUAUUCCACUGCUCACAGAGGCUACCGGGAUCCCCUGCAGACAACAUAUAGUGGUGACCUAAUUGAUAAACAUCCCUCUAUGUUUAAGGACACAAAUCAGCCUUUUACUCCUCGUACUCUGAAAAAGGACAGUAAAUCCAUCCUGAAGCAGUGCAGGUACUAUAAUCCUCCAAGGCGAAAGGAGCAACCCAGAGCCAUGAAGAAGCAAUUAGAAGAGAAGAAAAUACAAGACAGACCCUCCAGCCUUUUAGAUGCAUCCUUUUCCACUGAAGCAAAGAAUUUGUCAGAUGCCCAAUGGGUGCUUAAACAGGCUGAGUAUGCUAAUGAAACCUGGGAACCUGAUGAGCUGGAAGAUGAGCAAAUUUGUAUUCAGUGCUCACACAGUAGCAGAACAAAUAGGAAGUUGGAGAAUCUACAUCACAGGGCUUCAUUAUCAAGGACACCUUCUAAUCUAAUGAAGUCUGCCAGUGUGGAUAAAAUCCAAAGAGAGGAAGAAGAGCUGAAAUACCUGGAGUUCAUUGCAGGCGUUACUAAUGAGAUCCUAAUGCUUGGACUGUUUUCUAAUAGGGUGAUUGAGAGGGUAUUUGAGCGUCACGUUGAGCAAAACAGGGAUCUUCUGGAUGAGGGGAAAAUGCGGUACUUGCUUGCUGUGCUUUGUGAAGAUUUAGGUUGCAAGAAAGAGAACAGCCUUGAAAUCCCAGGGGACUACAGUACAUGUGGUGUUCAAGUUCCUGAAAGCUCGCACAUCUCACAUUUCCAAAAGUCUAUCAGCCUUCCAGACCAGAUGAGAGAAGACCUUGCUGCAGAUGCCAAAUUGUUGGACUCUUCUGAUUUACUACACAAGGAUACACAAGCAGACACCAAGCAAAGUUCUUUCCCACAAGAAAAUAGCAAUUUGCUCAUCAGUGACAGACUGAAAUAUAUACACACAGUUUUAAAGGAUGAGGAUAGUGAAACACCACACAGGGAGGAAGAUUUGCUGCAAAUUGUACAAAUUGAGAAAAUUUCAAUGGACAUAAAUAGUGAAGAACCUUUGCUUAAUUCAGUAGUAUCACCAGAACUUGAUGAACUUGUGGAGACAUUUGCUGAAUCACUCCACAUAGAUUGUGAAAAGAAUGCCUCAGAAAUGCUUGAUGUUGAAACCAGUACAGGUCAAAAGCCAGACAUGGAAACAAGUGAUUAAGAUUUGCACUAAUUUCAGAGCUGUAAAGGUCAAGACUAAAAAACUGACACAGGAUUAAUGGACAGUUCCAAGUAGAAAGACAUCUGUUAUUAGGAAAGGCAAUUCUAGCUGUCUGCUACAGUACAAAAUGAAUUAAUGUACAUUCUGGGAGCCACAGAAAGCAAGAACACAUCUUGACUGCUGUUUAUAUAGGAAGUACAUCAGUAUCUCAUAAGUAAGAGUUGUGGUGUAGAAUUUACAGUAAUUUAAAUAAGUUAACCCUUUGCUCUCCCAGCUGAAAAUGUAUGACCAAAGUUUAGGAUCACUAUGGAGAAAAUUAAUUAUGUAGUGCCUCAUUGUAUUCCAUCCAAGCAGAAGAAAGGAAAUGAGGCAAACCUUUCGGACUGCUUUAAAUAAAAAAGAAGGGGAGAGAAAGUAAAAUGAUAGAUCAGCAAGUUAUAUUUUCAAAAGAGUAUACAUUAGCUUUACUCCUGAGAAUUAGUACAAUCCCAUUGUCAAUAGUGUGCACAAGUUCCUUUGGUUGUAUCACUGAUGCAAGUCUUCGAUUUUGUGAAGGAAAGGCAUAAAGAAAAGUUUUUUUUUUUAAUUUGAAUAUGUUCUCAGUAUUAUUUUGUACUAACUUGUAAA